AUGUCUGCACAGCAGAAAUUUGAGGGCUGGGUCGCUGAAAAGCCCACCCAAGACCAGGACUUGGUCUGGAAGGAAUAUGAAAUCAAGCCUUUUGAAGAAACGGAUAUUGAGAUUCGUAUUACUCAUUGUGGUGUUUGUGGAACUGACGACCACACCUCCAGGAACGGAUGGGGAACCACUUCGUAUCCCAUCGUUGUUGGACAUGAGAUAGUCGGUGUAGCAACCCGCAUCGGUUCCAAAGCCGAAGGUGACAUCAAAGAAGGCGAUAUAGUUGGCGUAGGAGCUCAAAGCGACGCCUGUUUUGAACGCGACGGUCCAUGCGAAGAGUGUGCCAAGGGCCUUUACAACUACUGCUCCAAGAACACGCCCACGUACGGCGGCGUACACAGAUGUGGAACUGCGUCUACAGGUGGCUACGCACGAUAUCAUCGCUGCCCAUCGAGAUUUGUCGUCAAGAUCCCUCAGGGUGUAGCUCCUCAACAUGCAGCUCCGAUGCUGUGCGCUGGUGCAACCAUGUAUGCACCCUUGAAGUAUUUUGGAGCGACAGGACGAAACGUUGCUAUUAUUGGGAUUGGUGGUUUGGGACAUUUUGGAAUAAUGUUUGCCAAAGCUCUCGAUGCUGCAAAGGUUGUAGCCAUUUCCAGAGGUUCUGAUAAGAAGGAUGAUGCCCUGACCCUUGGGGCGGAUGAACAUAUUGCCACCAGUGAAGAGGGUUGGGCUGAGAAGAACAAGAGGAGGUUUGACUUGAUCAUCAACACGGCCGAUGGAGUCAACAUGCCGUGGAAUGAAUACCUGGGUCUUUUGAGGGUAGAUGGCACAAUGGUUCAAGUCGGCGCACCCGAGAAACCGAUCCUAAUCAACAUCUUCUCCAUACUACCAAUCCGUGGCAGAUUCACUUCUACAUCGACUGCUACACCUGACGAGAUACGGGACAUGCUUCAAUUGGCAGCUGAUAAGAAUCUCAAGCCAUGGGUUGAGGAACGUCCGAUGAGAGAGGCCAACGAGGUGUUGAAGGAUCUUCAGGCGGGAAAACCAAGAUUUCGAUAUGUUCUUGUAAACGAGGACUAA